ACUUGCACCGCGGGUUCCGCCGCCACAGGAGCCCUGGGAGACUUCUGUCCGUCAGCGGCGGGGGCGACGGGGGCACCGGGGGCACCGGGCGGCGGCGGGCCUUCCGCGCGGCCGCGAUGCUGAGCUCCCGGGCCCGGGAGGCGGUGAGCGCGGCUGACAGGGCCAUCCAGCGCUUCCUGCGGACCGGGGCGGCCGUCAGGUAUAAAGUCAUGAAGAACUGGGGUGUCAUAGGUGGACUGGCCGCUGCUCUUGCAGCAGGAAUAUAUGUGAUUUGGGGUCCCAUUACAGAAAGAAAGAAGCGCAGGAAAGGGCUGGUGCCUGGCCUCGUCAACCUGGGGAACACCUGCUUCAUGAACUCGCUGCUGCAGGGCUUGUCCGCCUGCCCCGCCUUCAUCCGGUGGCUGGAAGAGUUCACCACGCAGUACGCCGGGGACCAGAAGGAGCCCCCCCGACACCAGUAUUUAUCCCUGACACUGCUGCACCUCCUGAAAGCUCUCUCCUGCCAAGAAGUGACAGAUGACGAGGCCUUGGAUGCAAGCUGCCUGUUGGACGUCUUAAGGAUGUACCGCUGGCAGAUCUCUUCUUUCGAAGAGCAGGAUGCUCAUGAGCUAUUCCACGUCAUCACCUCGUCGUUGGAAGAUGAGCGGGACCGCCAGCCCCGGGUCACGCAUUUGUUCGACGUGCAUUCCCUGGAGCAGCAGCCGGAAGUCACUCCCACACAGAUAACCUGCCGCACAAGAGGGUCACCUCAUCCCACAUCCAAUCACUGGAAAUCUCAGCAUCCUUUUCAUGGGAGACUUACUAGUAACAUGGUCUGCAAACACUGUGAGCACCAGAGUCCUGUUCGAUUCGAUACCUUUGAUAGCCUUUCACUAAGUAUUCCAGCUGGCACCUGGGGUCAUCCCCUGACCCUGGACCACUGCCUUCACCACUUCAUCUCGUCAGAAUCAGUGCGGGAUGUUGUAUGUGACAACUGCACAAAGAUUGAAGCCAAAGGGACGUUGAACGGGGAGAAGGUGGAGCACCAGAGGACCACUUUCGUUAAGCAGCUAAAACUGGGGAAGCUCCCUCAGUGUCUGUGCAUCCACCUGCAGCGGCUGAGCUGGUCCAGCCACGGCACGCCCCUGAAGCGGCAUGAGCACGUGCAGUUCAAUGAGUUCCUGAUGAUGGACAUCUACAAGUACCGCCUCCUCGGACAUAAGCCCGGCCAGCACAGCCCCAAACUGAAGGAGAAGGCGGGGCCUGCACUGGAACUGCAGGACGGGCCGGCCGCCCCCAAAGCAGGUCUGAAUCAGCCAGGGGGCCCCAAAGCCCAAAUUUUUAUGAAUGGUGCCUGCUCCCCGUCUUUGUUGCCCACCCUGCCAGCCCCAAUGCCCUUCCCCCUCCCGGUGGUUCCGGACUACAGCUCCUCCACGUACCUCUUCCGGCUGAUGGCAGUCGUCGUCCACCACGGAGACAUGCACUCGGGACACUUCGUGACUUACCGGCGGUCGCCCCCUUCGGCCAAGAACCCCCUCUCCACCAGCAACCAGUGGCUGUGGGUCUCCGACGACACUGUCCGCAAGGCCAGCCUGCAGGAGGUCCUGUCCUCCAGCGCCUACCUGCUCUUCUACGAACGCGUGCUCUCCAAGAUGCACCAGAGUCGGGAGUACAAGUCCGAGGAGUGACUGUGCCCGGCCCCAGAGCUGGACCUGAGGGCCCUGCCCACGCCGUAGGGAAAAGGACGGAGCCAGGCCGCUCGCGUGCGGUGUGCAGGCAGCCCCCCGAGAGUCCUCCCGCCUCCUUGUGCGUCCUAAGGGCAGGUUCCCCGGGAGCAGGUGGCCCCAGUGCCAGCCGGUCCGCCCUGAGCCGCUCUAGUGUGCACCGGAAGGCAUCCUCGUCAUGUCAGCAGAGCACUCGUAUGUCUAGAGCAUCUGUGUGCUCGCCCGAUGCAGGUGAUUAAAAGAGAUCGAACUCCAGAGACAUCGUUGUUAUAUCCUGAUAACGCUAGGUGUUCUCAGAGGGGCGUUAACCCUGUCCAAUCCUCUGAGGUCUCGGCACAGAUCUUUUAUCUUUAAUAAGCAGGCCCAUCCAGAAAUGGCCGACUGGAGUGCGUGAAAUGAUCGAAGGCAACAAUGAAGAAGGAAAAGUGCCUUUCACUGCUUCCGGUUGCUUUUGUGGCCUGUCCGUUCUGGAAAACACUCUUUCUCUAAGGGUCGUAGCAACAGUCUUGGGAAAGCUCUCUCCCAGGUUUCCCGGUGGCUGGCUGGAGGACAGGGAAGGGAUGCCCACAGAACACCUGCCUUUCCGUUUGUACGUCUUUUUCUAGCCUCCCGCUCCUUCGUAUCCAGCGCAAGCGCAUCUGCCAAAUCUGCCCCUCGGGGACCCCGUUCACGGCCGCGUCGGUGCUAGUGACCGGCUCACUCAUUGCUUUUACCUUCAGGAUGGGACCGGGCGGGCUGAUCAUCCCACGUGGACAGCCAGGCCUGAGCGGUGUGGGCUCCCCUGCCGACCCCUCUGCUCUGGAGAAGACACCUUUCUCACCCAGAGGCCCCGUUCGGACCGUUAUUCUCUCCUAUUUAUUUAUUGCUGGGGCGGAGCUCGCCAGACUUCCAGGUGGGGCCGGGGGCCGGGUAAGAAGACAGCCCUGCCUGGAUGUGAGAGCCUGACCCGGAAGGAAAAGCACUGACCCCGGGGCUGCCGUCUCCACGGACCCGUUUCCUCUUCCUAAAGUGAAGGGUUAGACUCGGUGACCAUCCAAGGCCAGGCUUGUCCACAAAGAAAAGAAGUCUAAGUUAUUUUUUAAACACAGAACUACAGCUGACAAUAACAGUAGUGUCCUUCUGUUAAAGGUCCAUGUUUUAAACCAUCUGUCCCCAGCAGCCUUACACAGAGACACCACGGGGAGCAUGCUCUUCCCUCUUCAGGUAAGUGGCAUGAACACAGACCAGGCCGAGGGCAUUUUGAUGACACAGGAGUAUGUUAGCGAGAUUUAUGUAUUU